CACACAGAGAAGUAGCACCACAGACUCACUUCUGGCACAUUACUGGUCACCAGUAAGCUCCCAGACACCAUGGUGCACUUUACUGCUGAGGAGAAGGCUGCUGUUGUUAGCUUGUGGGCCAGGGUGAAUGUGGAGUUGGUUGGAGGCGAGGUGCUGGGAAGGCUCCUGGUUGUUUAUCCAUGGACCCAGAGGUUCUUCGACAGUUUUGGCAACUUGUCCUCUGAGUCUGCAAUAAUGGGCAACCCCAAGGUCAAGGCCCAUGGCAAGAAGGUGCUGACCUCCUUUGGAAAGGCUGUUAAACAUAUGGAUGACCUCAAGGACACCUUUGCUGAGCUGAGUGAACUGCACUGUGACAAGCUGCAUGUGGAUCCUGAGAACUUCAAGCUUCUAGGCAACAUGAUACUGAUUGUCUUGGCAACACACUUCAGCAAGGAGUUUACCCCCCAGAUGCAGGCUGCUUGGCAGAAACUGACAACAGCUGUGGCUAACGCUCUUGCCCACAAGUACCACUGAAGCACCAAUGCAACUAUU